AUGCAGGGUAGAAUGGGUCUCCACAAUAAGCCCAUAAUCAUCGACGGUAAGGAUCACCUCCUCGGACGUUUGGCUUCUAUCGUUGCCAAGCAGCUCCUUCAAGGCGAGAAGGUUGCCGUAUUGCGAUGUGAGGAAAUCGCCAUCUCUGGAAAUUUCCACCGAUCAAAACUGAAGUACAUGAGCUUCCUCCGCAAAAGAUGUAACAUCAAUCCCGCUCGCGGAAUGCUGCCCCACAAGACUCCUCAUGGAAAUUCGGCUUUGAAGAAUCUCAGAGUGUACGAGGGUGUUCCAAGCGCCUAUGAUCGCGUUAAAAAGAUGAAUGCACCAGUUGCUAACCGACAUCUCUGCCUGAAGCCACGACGCAAGCACUGCACAGUUGGCCGCCUUUCUCACGAAGUCGGAUGGAAGUACCAGGAUGUUGUGGCCAAACUCGAGGCUAAGCGAAAGGUGAAGGGAGCAGCUUACCACGAUCAGCAAAAGAAGCUCGAUAAGUUGUAUGAACAGGUCAGCCACUUCUCUUUACUUGCUCCUUCUUUCCUGAAGAUUAUCCCUGGACUUCCAAAUGGUUGCUUAUUACUUCGUUAUGGUAUAAAAUUGCUUUUUGAACUUUGA